AUGGAGCUUACAUUUGAGCCAUUGAAGAACGACCUGUUACUUCGGGCAGCAUGGGGCCAGGUCGUGGAACGCCCUCCCAUGUGGGUAAUGCGACAAGCUGGUCGGUACCUGCCAGAGUACCAUGAGGCCAAAGGCUCCCGUGACUUCUUCGAAUGCUGUCGCGAUCCCGAAGUAGCAUCUACCCUCACUCUCCAGCCAAUCGAGCGCUAUGCUGGUCUAGUCGAUGCUGCCAUUAUAUUCUCCGACAUCCUCGUCAUCCCCCAGGCCAUGGGCAUGGUCGUCGAAAUGGUGGACAAGAAGGGCCCGCACUUCCCGAACCCUCUCCAAGGCCCCGAUGACGGUCAAUACCAGCAACUUAUGGAUCGCAAUGUGAAUGUAGAGGAAGAGCUAGGCUAUGUCUACAAGGCAAUCACCGUCACGAGAAAGAAACUCGCUGGCCGCGUUCCCCUCAUUGGAUUCUGCGGUGCCCCGUGGACUCUGUUUUGCUACAUGGUUGAGGGAGGAGGCACGAAGCUAUUUGCGCAGAGCAAGAAGUGGAUUUACCGGCACCCAGAGGAGACAAAGGCUCUGCUCCUCAAAAUUGCCGAUGUUUGCGUUGAGCACUUGGCCCUACAGGUCCGAGCCGGAGCACAGCUUGUUAUGGUGUUUGACUCAUGGGCCGGUGAGCUAGGACCACCUGCGUUUAAGGAGUUCUCUGAGCCGUACCUGGCACACAUCUCACAGAAGCUUCCUGAGAAGCUGAAAAGCCUCGGGCUUGAACGUGUCCCCAUGACCGUGUUCCCCAAGGGCGCCUGGCACGCCUUGGACUCGGCAUGCAAUCUUGGAUACAACGUCGUUAGCAUGGAUUGGCUACAGGACCCCGCCGAGGCUGUAAAGAUCCGCGGUGACCGCAAUGUGGUUUUCCAGGGCAAUGCCGACCCAGGCGUCUUGUACGGAUCCAAGGAAGCCAUUACCAAGGCCGUAGAGCAUAUGGUCAAGGGCUUCUGGGUUGGCAAAAAGGGUUGGAUCGCGAAUCUGGGACACGGUAUCACCCCUGGUGUGAAUCCGGACAACCUCAAACACUUCUUUGAAGAGAUCCACCGCCUCACAAAGCAGUAA